AUGAUCAACAAUGUCCUACGCGAACACUUGGACAUCUUUGUGGUAGUAUACCUGGAUGAUAUCCUAAUCUUCUCGGACACCCUAGAAGAACACAAGGAACACGUCCACAAGAAAAUCACACAGGAAGUAGAUUUCCUCGGACACACGAUCUCACCAGGAGAGAUACGAAUGCAACAAGACAAGAUCAACUCAGUCAAAGAAUGGCCAACGCCAAAGAACGUCAAGGACGAAAAAGAGUUUACAUGGGACGACAAAGCCAACGAAGCUUUCGAAUGCAUCAAAACGACGAUUACGCAAGAACCGGUCUUAACCACCUUCGAUCCAGAACGACAAAUCGAACUCGAAACCGAUGCAUCAGACUUUGCUCUAGGAGCACAAAUCGGACAGAAGGACGAUGAAGGAAGACUACGACCAAUUGCAUUCUACUCGAAAAAGCUACAUGGCGCAGAACUCAAUUACCCCAUCUACGACAAAGAAUUCCUCGCAAUCAUUCAAGCUUUUAAAUUUCGACACUACCUUCUCGGAAGCAAACACAAAAUCAAGGUCUACACAGAUCACAAAACAUCUCACAUUUCGCGACGACGCAACAAUUGA